GGGAGACUCCCGAGCCGCUACUCCUGGCGCGCCCCGUCGGACUGGCUACCCAGCGCCUGGAUGCCGUCAUCGAGAUGCAGCUUCGCGCUCUGGGCCGGGCGCCCGCCAGCCCCAUCCUGUCCUCCCAACUGGCCGACCUGCUGCUGGCACUUCCCACCUAUCAUCAGCUGCAGGAAAAAGCCUUAAGCCACGUCCCAGGGGCGGCACGCCCUUUCCCCGAGGCCCGAGUGCUCUGCCUCCUGACGGGGGAGCGGGGUUGCCAGGUGGCAGGUCAGCUGAACGAGGCGCUCAGGGGAUCGGGCUUGUGGGACCAGCUCGGCAAGUGUUGUCGUGGGGAGCAGGAGCUGCUGCCAGGGCUCCUGGGCCUAAUGGGAGGCGUGGCAGGUUCAGCCAGCAGUGGACUGGGGCUUGGAGGAGGUGGAGUCCUGUGGAGCCAGUACUGGACCCUGCUAUGGACAGCCUGUGCUCAGAGUCUGGACCUAAGGCUAGGACCCUGGAGGGACCCCAGGGCAGCGGCACAACAGCUGAGUCAGGCACUGGAUCAGGCAUCCCUGCCUCAGGAGUGUGAGAAGGAGCUGGCUUCUUUGUGUCACAGCCUAUUUCAUCAGUCUCUUAUCCGGAGCUGGGACCAAGUCUUCUGCCAGGCCUUGGGAUCUGCUAGUGAUCAGAGCUGCCUUUCCUCAUCCUCUCAUACCAGUGAACUUCUGCAACAGCUCUUCCCUCCUCUCUUGGAUGCCCUUCAAGAGACCAAGCCAGGGCUGCUCCUCUGUCAGCCUCAAGGUCCUGCACCCCUUGCCCUGGGGCUCUGCACUUUGCAGACAACCUUGCUUUGGUUUUGGGGCAGAGCUCAGCAGCAUCUGGCAGCAUGGGCCCCAGGUUCCUUCUUGCUCCUGAUCCAGAAGGACUUACCUCCUGUGUUAGGCCAGGCCGAAGCUCUAUCUAGCCUGGCCUCAGAGGAAAGGUUGGCCCUGGAGGUGGAGCAGCAGCUGGGCCUGGAAAUCCGGAAGCUGACAAUACAGAUCCAGCUCCUGCCUGAAGAGUCACUAAGUCUCUUUUUUCAAGAAUGCCAUAAACAAGCUACACAGGGCUUCGAACUUCACAUGCCACGGGGUCGGUACUGGCGGCAUCGUCUCUGUCCUGAACUCCCCAGUAUUCCUAGUGAGUAUGCUGGGUUUGUGGUCCGCACUGUACUGGAGCCUGUGUUGCAAGGAUUGCAGGGUUUGUCACCUCCAGCCCAGGCCCCUGCCCUUGUGCAGGCGUUGACAGCCAUCCUGGAUGCCUGGCUUGACCACAUCCUCACCCAUGGGAUCCGGUUCAGCCUGCAGGGGGCACUGCAGCUUAGACAAGAUUUUGGAGUGGUCGGGGAGCUGCUGGAAGAAGAGCGGUGGGGCCUGUCCCCUGAACUUCGCCAGAGUCUGCUGAUGCUCAGCGUCUUCCAGCGGCUGGAUGGGGCCCUGCUGUGUCUAUUGCAGCAGCCCCUGCCCAGGACUCAAGGCCACAGAAGGCCUCCCUGUUGCUGUGCAUGUAAUGAAGUCCAGACCUCGGAAUUGCCCAGCAGCAGCCUCAACAGCCUGGAGAGCUUGGAGCCCCCUCUUCGGCCUGGAGCACCCCCAGCCCAGACAGCUCAGCUGCUAAACACGCUGUGGGGUGAGGGACCUAGCCCAGAGGCUUAUCUGGUGGGAAAUCAGCAGGCUUGGCUUGCCCUGAGGCAGCACCAGCGCCGCCCCUGGUGGCACUUGCCUUUUCUUUCCUGCCUGGAGACCAGUCCUGAAUCCUAAGGAGCCUAAUCAGCAGCCAGAAAGUCAACGCUCUGCAUUUCUGGCUGGGAAAGCCCAGACAUUUGAAACUGCAUGUUAAAGAAGACUACAUUUGGAUGCUUGGAAGAAAGCAUACCUGAGAACAACAAACUACACAGAGCCUGGACUUGCACGCUAAGAAUCCAAGACAUCCCAGUACCUGGAAUCCAAAGUAAAUGGCAAUACCACAGCCCGGAAAGUGGAGGGCUAUGAAUGGAUAGGUAGUAGUCGCUGACCGCUUACUUUGGGCCACUGUAUACCCUGUGCCGAAACCAUCUCUCCCGCC